AUGGGGCAUAAUAACGUAGGUAACUCCUUGCAAAGAAGAGCAAGAUGCUGGAGUAUUUACCGAAGGAGAUAUAACAACUGGUCUGAACAAGUCAGUUCUGGCAUUCGUCCUUCAUCCCACCAGCAGCAAGAUGGAGAUCCAGCAACAAAUGGCACUCACAUGAGCACCCGAGUAAGAUACACUCCCUAUGCCAUUCCACCAUGUCAUUGGAGAGGCAAUUUUCAGAAACAAGACCAAGUCCAAGCUAACAUGGAGGGAGAGCAAAAGCCUCCAGAGAGAAAAAUGGAGGGGGAGAGGCAGGAUGAGACCUCGGGGAGCUGGUUCAAGAUCAUAAUUCCAUUUGGCAUCAAAUAUGAAGAGACGUGGCUGCUGAAUCUGAUUCAGGGACAAUGCAGUGUCCCCUUCACCCCAGUUGAAUUUCACUAUGAGAAAAUGCAGGCCCAGUUCUUUGUUGAGCAUGCCAGCAUUGCCUUUGCAUUGAAGAGUGUCAACGGGAAGAUCUGGGAUGAGAAUAAUGAAAGGGUCUCUGUCUUUGUCUACCCCUCUGAUGCACCCCACUCUGUGCAGAAGGAGCUGAUGUCAGAAAAGGUGGAGCAGACAAAGGUGAAGUCCGCAGGGGAGUUGGACAAGAGCAAAAGCCUGCAGCCAGAAGAGAUGAGUGCCAACAGAAGCUCCCUGUGCACCGCCUUUCCUGAUAAAUCAACCAACAUAAGCUCCAUCCUGGAAUUGUUUCCCAAGUUAUUAUGCCUGGAUAGCCAGGAGUCGCCUUCACCAACCAGCAUUGGUAUUGCAGCUCACAAGAAGUUACCAACCUGCAAGGGAAGCUUCUUUGGAUCUGAUGCACUGAAGAGUCUAAUCCUGCAAUUCCUACUGCAGUACUACUUGAUCGACGACUCUGGAGACCGUCAGGGUCUCCUCAGUGCCUACCACGAUGAGGCCUGCUUCUCCCUGACCACUCCCUUCAACCCCAAGGACCCAGCCCUAAGCAGCUUGUGUGAAUACUUCAAGGAGAGCAGGAAUUUGAAGAAACUUAAGGACCCCUCCCUGCGUGUUCAGCUGCUGAAGCAUACAAAGUGUGACAUCGUGCGCUCCCUCUGUGUGCUGCCCAAAACUCAGCAUGACCUCAGCUUCUUCGUGGUGGACAUGUGGUUCCAGACGGAGAUGAUGAUCUGCUUCUCCGUCAAUGGGGUAUUCAAGGAAGUGGAAGGAAUGUCUCAGGAUUCUGUUCGCACCUUCACCCGGACCUUCAUCGCUACCCCUGUCAGCAAUUACAGCCUGUGCAUCAUGAAUGAUGACCUGUUUGUGAGGGACGCCAGCCCCAAGGAAACUCAGAGCACAUUCUCUAUCCCAGUGCCCGCACGCUCCUGCAGUUCCUGGCCCACCCUCUGCCAGAAGCAGCAGGAAGUGGUACAGACUUUCUCCACUCAGUCUGGGAUGAAUCUCCAGUGGCUUCAGAAGUGA